AUGGCGCAAAUGUCCUUCGCUGACACAACAAAUAAACUCGAAACAUUUAAUGACAGGGAGAAAAGAAAAAGUAAUAUCAUUAUCUAUAAUCUGCAAGAGAGUGGUAGCCACAAAAUUGCAGUCAACAACCUGAUAAAGGAAAUUACUGGCUCAGAUAUGGAUUCAGAAGUGAUUGAGGUGUUCAGGAUGGGUAGGAAGUCUGACGAGAACAAGACCAGACCCAUCUUGGUACAGGAUGGUCAUUCAGCUAAUAUCUUAGAUCUGGUGAUAUCAAAUCAGGAAUUUGUUAAAAAUGUAAUGAUUUAUCCACCACUGGGAAAAAGUGAUCACUCAGUGGUUUGUUUCAAGCAAAAUCUCCACAUUUCCAUGUACGAAGAAGGCAUUUGUCAACUUUUGUCUGUUCUUGACGAUCAUCAUUUAAUUUCAGACAAAUGA